UACGAAGCACCCAUCACUUUUUAAUCUGAAUAUGAGUCUUCCGUUCAUAAUGGAUGGCGCAUACAUGAAGGAAAUAUACUAUUUUACCAUCCAUACGAUACACUGGAUUAUGCUAUUGUCGAAGCCCAAUACAUUUUAGAUUGGAAGUAAAAGUGAGAAAAAUGACAAGGCCAUCAUUCAAUGCACUCAAGAAAACAACACUGUCUCUUUAAAUCAGACAGCAUCCAGCAUGAUGAGAGUGGGGGAAGAGAGUGCUUGCGUGUGAAAUGGUACCCGAACGUGUCAUCAUGCUCAGCAAAUCGGAGGCCAUAGAUGGAAUUUCUCCUCCUCCGCUCCUCCUCGGAAGAGUGUGUUGUGUGUUGGCUGAUGCUGAUGCUGCUAAGGCACACGGUCUGCCUCCUCACAUAGCGUACGCUGUAUUUAUUUGUGCAUGCUCGUCGUUUCUAUGUGGUAUUUGUUGUUUUUGUUAUUGUUGCGGGAGAAUGUUAAAGAUCCGGGCUAUGGUUCAACGCUGAGCAGAUGAUGGCUGAGAAACUCCUAGAUGAUGAUGUCGCCGCCUGCCAUGAGGAUCCUAUCAUGCUCUGUCAUAGAGGCCUAAACCUCGAGGUCACUGGGGGAAGAACCACACCGAGCCCACCCAGUGACGCCUAGCAGAGAUGUGUCCUGCUUUCCAUGAGACCAGGAAGCAAAGGCUCAACUGGACCUUGACGGGCCCUAAAGAAGGUGAGGAUGGCGAAGCGUGAUUACUUGGUGGAGGCAGCCAAGCAGAUUCGCAUGGCUCUGGACAGCGAGGUCAACGAGGACUACGAGGCAGCUUUCAGUUAUUAUAAGAAUGGGGUGGACUUACUGUUGAAUGGCGUUCAAUUGGACCCAAACAAGGAGCGUCGGGAGGCUGUGAAGAGGAAGACGACCCAGUACUUGAAGAGAGCUGAGGAAAUCUUCAUAACGCAUCUGCAGGACAACCUCGGGAAAGGAAACUCUCAUUUAGGGGGCUACAGCAGUCUGAGAUUCCGUCCGGUAAGACACUUAAGUUCUCCUAUGGAGGAUCUGGAGAUGUGUAAGGUGGUGGGCAUCAGUGAUAAGGUCCUAGUUGUCCAAAGCAUGGUUAAUAAAGAGACAUUCGUAGUAAAGAGUCUGAUGAAGUCGAGCUGGGAAAGCAGGGAGCAGCCCACCAUCAUCCCUCAAGGAGUGCCGUACAUGGUGAAGCUGCUGAGGUAUUACGUCAGCGAGGACACGGUUUACCUCCAUCUUGAACAUGUCAAAGGUGGGAGGCUCUUCUCUAAACUUCACAAGCUGAGGAAAGAGAGAGCCAAGGAACACCCAGAAUGCAUCACACCUGGCCAACACAACAACAAGAUGAAGAGCAGCUACACCUCGCCCACAAUAUGCACGGAGUACCAGCGCAGCAUCAGCAUGGAAAGCGGUCACAAGAUGAGUGACGAGAGCCCAGAUGUGGAUGACCCGAGAUCUUGGGACGAGACCCAGCGGUGUCUGGACAGCUGCGGGACUCACUCGUACAUUGAAGAGACGGGCUGCCUGCAGAACUCCCGUUCGGCCGCAUCGUUCUACAGCAAGCUCGACCGCCUGACUUUACUUUCUGGACCCGCCAGAUCGCAGGUCAGCGCUCGCAUCCAUCCACCAGCUCCUACUUUGUGCUUGCACUCCUCUCAAACUCAGGACAAGCCCGCUCUUCCUUUGUCUUGCGCUCGUGUCAGCCAAGCUCUGGACGUCAUGUCAGAACUCAGUGGCAGCCAAGCUGGAACUGGACUCAUCGAGUGCAGCUCCGACUUUGAAGUCGCUUGGAAGGCUGCAGAUCCAGCACUGAGAGGUGACCAAUUAAACCCCUAUGCAGUUACUGAAGGUGUCUUCAACAUGACACUUCAUUCAAAGCAGACCUCGUGUAUAAAAACUGAUUCUCCAAACACUAAAAGUCAUAUUUUAAAUUCCUCUCCGGCCAUUUUACAUCUUCCUCUCCAUUGCCAAACACAAAUUCACGGAAGAGCGUCUUGGGAUGGACCGGGCUUUCAUCAGGGAUCCAUUUUAAGUGCGGCCGACCAGGUUACAAAUUUGGACGCAAUGCAGUCCGGCAGCAGUCCCAGCCCAGACGAACGAAAUGGAGCGGUGGUCCUUCGGAGCUCAGACAAAGUUGUGUUCUCGGAUCACAGGGAAGCACAGACCACCCAAGGAAGCUCCUGGCCUUUCUCUGCAAGGGAAAUGUGUCCAGUGGAUGUGAGAGACGGUGUGGAAGAAGCCUGUGAGCUGCUCAGCCCAGGAAAUGUGGCCCAGCCUUCAAGUUGCUCCUCCACCUCCCCUCAUGUGGUGGGUGCCCCAAAAAGAACUGAGGGCUCACCCGUGAGGACCGAGUGGCAAGGAGAUGACCAGAUCAUCGAAGUGGAUGGAUGGUGCCACGUACCUCGUUUACCACUCAAACACUCAGAUAAGUCCAGCUGUCGGACCUGCUGGGGGCUCCCAGAAUCUGAGGUGCGUGUUUGGGGCGCUCAGAUCCUGCUGGCUCUGGAGAGCCUUCAUCAACAAGGCAUCAUAUGCCGGGACCUCAACCCCAGAAACGUUCUGUUGACCAGCAAUGGAAAGGUGUGCUUGACCUUUUUUGGACAAUGGAGUGAGGUUCAAUCGGAAAUUAACUGUGAUGCCAUGGAACAGAUGUACUGUGCGCCAGAAAUUGGUGGAGUCUCCAGAGUCACUGAAGCUUGUGAUUGGUGGAGCCUGGGGGCACUGUUGUUUGAACUUCUCACCGGAAUGCCACUAUGGCAGCUCCACCCAACAGGAAUCAACUCACACACUCAGCUGCUCAUCCCCGACCACCUGAGCACCACUGCUGCAUCCCUGCUUCAUGAGUUACUUCAGUUUGACUUAGGCUAUCGUCUGGGGUGUGGUGGUGGAGGGGUGAGCGACAUCAAGUGUCACCCUUUCUUCAGCAGUGUCUCCUGGAAGGCCCUGAGCUGCUAGCUGGGUGCAGACGCCUCUACGAUGCACUGGAAAC